AUGACGACGAUUUGCAAGCUCACCGUUGUAGCAGCCGUGGUGGCGGCGACGGUGCUGCUGGCUGCAACGAAUGCCACGGCGCUGGCGGGCCAGAUGUGCAGUGACCCGACAAACCCGCUGGCGAGCAUCGACUACAGCGAUGCGGCUGUGCAGGCCUGUGUAGUUGCCCGGUGCACCACGACGCUGAAUGUCACACCCACCAUAACAGCAGACGGCUUCUGCGACGGCGUGGCCACCUCCGAGUCGUCUGUCCCGUGCAACACGCUGGAGGUGGGCUACAAUGCGUAUUACGCCUGCCUUGUGCGCGCGCUGCAGGGUACGAAUACGACGGGCCUCGCCGAAUUUGGUGCUGCCGCCAAGGAGUUCUUCAGCACCCCCGGCUUCCCGUACCGACUCUCCCUCCUCGGCUGCUACGCGUGCAACCACUACCGUUUAACCGUAUUCCCGUCUUUGGGCAGCAAGUGCUCGAACUGGACAUGUGCCACCGUCUCUUCGCAGAGCCCGUCUGCGCCAGCUUAUGGCCAGCCGGACGAGGGCUACAACCACCGCCUGUGCAGCACGGGCUGUAUCACGGGCAUUAUAAUGAUCCCCUUCACUGUUGUCACAUGCGCCAUCUUCUUCGCGUGCGGGUGCUGCUGGCCGUCUCCAUCGCUGAAGACGACCUACGAGGCCAUGCUUCAGGAGGAAAGGCGAAAACACCGCCGGCACCCCAAAGCCGAAGACGACGAUUCGCAUGGCGUGGGUAACGGCUGCUAUAGCCUGGCGCACGAGCCGGCGCCGGUAAGCAAUCAGAGGAACCACCCCGAGGUUGAGGGGCAGCACUUUGUUUGA